UGGAACAAGUAUAAAUAGCCUUCUGGACUGAGCGGCCAAACAGGGGUUUGCAGCUGCAGCGCUUCUGCAGGCAGGCCUGUCUUUUCUUGGCCACUGUGGGUACAUUCUGGGCACAGAGGGAGCAGUGGGCAGGCUAGGUCUCUGGGGGCUCUGACCAACACCCUGCAGCUGGCCAUUGCCAUAUCUCUGGAUGCUCUCCCGACCAGCCAUGCUGCUGGGCUGCCUCCUUGUCAUGGCCAGCCUGGCUUUGGCCCAGAGGAGGGGGCAGGAGGCCAGCGGGCGUCGCAGGGCACACAGAGUCCAGCAUGGCCAGUGCAGCUACACCUUCGUCCUCCCGGAGCCUGAGCCCUGCCCUCCAGAGCCUGAGGUCUUUGGGGGCUCCAACAGUUUGCAGAGGGACUCACCGGCUGCUGCUCUGAACCUAGGAGACUGGCCUGCCCAAAGAGUGCGACAGCUGGAGAAGGUGCUAGAGAACAAUACGCAGUGGCUGCAGAAGCUAGAAAGGUACAUCCAGAUGAACCUGAGGUCGGAGUUGGCACAGGCUCAGCAGCACAUAGUCCAGAACCAGACGGCUACCAUGCUGGAGCUGGGCACCAGCCUCCUGAACCAGACCACUGCCCAGACGCGCAAGCUGACUGAUGUGGAGGCCCAGGUCCUGAAUCAGACCUCGAGAAUGGAGAUCCAGCUGCUGGAGACCUCGCUGUCCACCAACAAACUGGAGAAGCAGCUGCUGCUGCAGGGCCAUGAACUUCACCAGCUGCAGGGUCGCAAUAGUGCACUGGAGACACGGGUGCUAGCCCUGGAGAUGCAGCAACAGGCAGAGCUGACCAGCCUCCGAGAUGAAAAGGAACGACUGCGGCGUCUGCUGGGCCGCCAAAGUGGUGCCCUCGCUGGCCUAGAGCGCAGCCUCCGAGCUGCCAGCAGCAACUCCAGCCUCCUGCAAAGACAGCAGCGCCAGCUGUUGGAAUCUGUGCAGCGGCUGGUGCGUGUGGUGGCCCAAGGACCAGCUUCUGUGAGGGCAGCUGAGCAGGUGUUCCAGGAUUGUGCUGAGAUCCAGCGCUUCGGGGCCAAUGCCAGUGGUGUCUACAUCAUCCAUGUGGCCAAUAUGACGGAGCCUAGGAAGGUGUUCUGUGAUAUGGAGGCCAGUGGAGGUGGAUGGACUGUCUUCCAACGCCGUGAGAAUGGCAGUGUGAAUUUCCAGCGGAACUGGAAGGAUUACAAGCAGGGCUUCGGUGACCCAGCCGGGGAACAUUGGCUGGGCAAUGAGGUAGUGCACCAGCUCACCAGCAGGGCAACUUACUCUCUCCGCGUGGAGCUACAAGACUGGGAGGGCAACGAGGCCUACGCCCAGUAUGAGCAUUUCCAGCUGGGCAGCGAGGGGCAGCUCUACAGGCUUUCUCUCGGUGGGUACAGUGGCUCAGCAGGGCGUCAGAGCAGCCUGGUCCUACAGGGCACAAACUUCAGUACCCGCGACUCGGACAAUGACAACUGCCUCUGCAAGUGUGCCCAGAUGCUGUCCGGAGGGUGGUGGUUUGACGCGUGUGGUCUGUCCAACCUCAACGGCAUCUACUACCCGGCCCGCCACCACGUGCGCAAGCUCAACGGCAUCCGCUGGCACUACUUCCAAGGCCCCAGCUAUUCGCUGCGUGCCACCCGCAUGAUGCUGCGCCCUGUGGGCAUCUGAGGAGCAGCUGUGUCGGGAAGCUGAGCCCCAGAAGGAGCUGAGAUUUCUGUCUCCUGGACAAGCUGGACCCAAAUGCAGGACAAGGAACCUUGUCCUGAAUGCCCGAGUGUCAGGAGCCUGCCUGAAAAGCUGGCUUCCUCCCAGAUCCCCUCAAGUUGUGAAAUGGUGGGCAUUUGGGGGAUUGCUGCCUCUGCAGUAUCCCUCUUUCCUCUUCCUUCCUGUCUUUUACGGGAACCUCUCUGCCAGCCUGAGCACUGCAAUAUCCUGAAUGACCUGAGAACAGACUUAACUUGGCUUCCCAAAAGAAUACACGAUUAGUAGUGGGAUUUCAGGCUGGUAUUCACAGUUCAGAGUCUGUACUCCCCGAGGGGUGGGGGUGGAGUGGGGGGUGGGCAGUCUCCUGCUCCAAGUUUUUUGGGCUUUGACACGACCUUGCACUUCCUGUUCAAGGAUGAAGGGUCUGCAUCCACGCCACAAGGGGAAUGAUUCUACCCACCCUACACUGCCCUCCCCUCCUAGACUCCUAACAUCUGGAGCUUAUAUCUGGUCUCUUGGGACUCCCAGAGAGCUAAGAGGGGUUUCUUUAUCCCCCUUCCUUAUCCCUGCCCCCCACCCUUGCAAGCCCUAAAA